GCCGCAGCAGCUGCCUCGGCGCUCACAGACCGAGAGCAGCGAUGUUAGGCUAUCUGGAUGUCAAAGUCGACUCAAUAGCGCUGAUCAACAAUUGCCAGUUUAAACAGUUGUUUUCCAGCCAUAUGUUUUGGCUUCUUGACGCUACGGGAGUUGCCUACAUUGUUGCAAGUUCUUACACAUUUGAGAAAUGCUAUCAAAAUAAUUGUCAGAACAAAAUAUUACACACCUAACAAACAAAUAUAAGUUACAAACAAUCAUAAAUGUCAAUAACUAUAAGUAUCAGACGAGUCAUAAAUGAAAAGUUCAGCACAGGACCGGCAGUGAAAUAGUAGGCUAGUCUCAUUGCCAGGUGCGUUAAAUCUCAAUCAAUGGGCGUGGUUUCAAGUGGACGCCAAUAAAUUGUUUCCGGUCGCUCCAUGGCCUGAAUGCUACCACCUGAGUUCUUGUAUUGUAUUGUCCUGAAUGGUCUCCUGCAAUGAGUUCAUCAAAGCCCUACAUUGGCUGUAAAAUAGGGUUAAUUUCAAAAGCCCAAAAUCGUUAUGAGGGGAUUUUGUAUACAAUUGAUAAAGUGAACUCUACAGUAGUGCUUGCAAAAGUCAAGUGUUUUGGAACAGAGGGACGACCCACUGACAGACCCGCGCCAUCAAAAGAUGACAUCUAUGAGUACAUCACUUUCCGGGGAACUGAUAUUAAGGACAUCACAUUGUGUGAACCUCCAAGAUCUUAUCGCGGCCCCCCGGAUCCUGCAAUAGUACAGUCAUCCAGUUCAGGCUCUCCAGGCAUCUACUCAGCUCUUGGACCAUAUAGCCCCUUAAGGAUGCCCGCCUACAACCAGCUUGCUGCCAGCUCUCUACUUAAUCAACAGUAUGCUGCAGCUCUUGGCCUUGGGUCUGUUCUUCCAGGCUUACCUGUUGUAAGGGGCCCCAUGGUGGAAAAGGCUGUACAAACCGUCCAAGUGGACCGCUCUAGGCCAAGGGGAGGCUUGACUCCAUCCCGGGAGCAGGAGCGGCAAUGGGAGAGAAGGAGGCCUCAGAGGCCCAGAGGAGCGAGUUCCCAGACCAGAAGGGGCACUGGAGCCAUCAUGAAGCCAGGCCCACGUUUGCCCACUGCUCAACAGGAAACACAGCAGCAAAACUAUGAAAACAGGUCACCACCAAGAAGACAAGGAGCUCGGAGGCGCAGGAACCGUAGUAGAGGCCAGCUGAUGGUGGCUAAUGGUCCAUCUGCCAUCCUUAAGUUUGAGACAGACUUUGAUUUUGAUUCGUCAAAUGCACAGUUUAUUAAGGAGGAGCUAGAGAGGACGGUGCAGGACAGGAUGAAAGAUGGAAACCAUGAGGUAGAAGAGAAAGAACAGCACUCAACUGCAGAGCAUUAUCAUUUUGGACCAAAAUGCUACUACGACAAAGCGAAGUCUUUCUUUGACAACAUCUCAUCUGAGAAUAAGUUCAGACUAACAUGGGCGGAGGAGCGGAAGCGCAAUCUGGAGACUUUUGGGGUCCCUGGACGGUUCAUGAGGGGCCAAGGCUUCAGAGGUGGCUACAGUGGACGAAGAGGAUGGGGCCCUGCUCAGACGCUAUCUUACAGAACCAGGAGUGGACAGCUGUAAAUGUCCAAGUUUGAUAACACAGUGCUAAAGCAACCCCAUCCUCCAAGGAUGGCUUACUUGGGUGUAACAAAUGGGAAUUUUACCCAUUAAUCAGCUGUCACUGUCUG